AUGACGAAAGCGGAGAACUACUGUGGGUCGAUCAAAUCUGUAUCGAUCAAUCGAAUAUCCGUCAUCACAUGGAUCGGCAGCCUCGAUAGUUCGGACGUCUGCUCAACAGCUGCACGGGAUUUCAGCACAUCAUUCAGCCCGGAAGCUUUGGUGCCAAUACUGUGCAAUCCCUACUUCACACGUCUGUGGAUCGUACAAGAAAUCUUACUUGCCCCUUUUGUUCGGGUUCUCGUGGAAGGCGGAGGAUGGCUACUUUGGUCAGACAUGCAAGGCGCUCUAACACACAUGUCCAAAGAUGACAUGCAACAGCUGCAGGCAGCUCGAUCGGUUGCUGCGUCAUUACUAAGUGCACAGUUCAAGGACAACAUACGGCCCCGCGACUUGAUUGAUUUGUUUCGCGAUUUUCAUACUUGUGGUUGCGAAGAUCCACGCGACAAAGUUUUUGGUCUAAUGGGGCUUACCUAUCCGCGGAUCAAUUUCCCCGAAAUACCCCUUAAUAUCCAGGUCGAUUAUAGCAGAUCUGUUUAUGAUACAUUCUUCGAGGUAGUAGUGAAAGUACCACACAAAUACGGACUUCACUUAUUGCCAGAGCCAAGGCAUGUUGGGCCGAUGGACGAAGAAGCAUGGAAAGGGGAUAUGAGGGCGAGGACGGAUGCGAUAUUGAGGGCGACGACGAAGGAACUGCUGGAAGUGUUAUUAGACCUGGGAAUAAGCAUGGGACUUAACAAAGUAACAGUUCAAAAGUUGUAUUCUGCCACACCAGUUAUUCCAGCACAAAAGGAUUCAAUUAAGUAA